AGCCAGUGAAGUCGAGUUUCAAAGUUUAUUGUGCGUUACAUUGUCGAAGAAAAUUUAAAACCUCGCGUACUAUUUUAGUAUACGCGAGACAAAAUAGUGUUCCAUUGAAAAAAAAUCUUUAUAACAAUACAACAAUGAGUACGCAAGCAGAACGAUCAUCAUCGGCCCCCAAAGACAUGUCGUUUGCCGAGAGACAAAUAAAACGCAUCAAAAGACUGCGAUCGCUGCACACUGCUAGAAAUGAAGCAAGGACGCACAACCAACAUGAAGUAGUUGCUGAACAGGCUAGGAAUAAGCUUCCGCCGAACUACGAGGCCAAGGGACGACAAGCUGAAUGGCUGCUCGACGACCAAGCAAAGCAUCAAGAGGCAGAGAAAGCAGUGAAAGAUUACGACAGAGUGAAUUUAUUAAACUUAUUAUCAGCAGUAGAAGCUGAGCGAUUUAAAUGUAAAAAGAAGAAAAGGAAUCCUGAUGAAGGAUUCUCCACAUAUGAACAAGCUACCGUGAGACAACACAACAAGCUGGUUAAAAUUAUGCCAGCUGCUGAUAUGGAACAGUAUGAGAAACAGAAGUAUGGCGAUGCUUUCCAUAGUGAACCUAAUGUAACCAUUCAUGAGAUGCACAAGGAUCGAGAGGAAGCGAUCGACAAGAUGGUUAAUGACCUGUUGGAAGAGCAGAUUGUUAAAAGAGCUCGCUACUCUAGAAGCCGAGGGUAUUUUGAUGAUACAGAUUACUACAUCAAUGACAAAAUCGCCAAGUUCAACAAGAAACUGGAGUUUGAAGAUUGGAAACUAGGAAGAUCAUACACAACAGAACUAGGAACUGCCAUUUAGUUUCUGCACGUUGUAACUAUAAAUACGAAGCUAUUGUAGGUAUAUAUGUAUAGAAGUUAGAGUUAGGUGCUUUAGAUAUAAAUUGUAUGGCAUAGGUAUAUUUUCACUAGAUAGAUAUCGUGUUAAUCUAGUUUAGCUUAAGUUAUUAAUUUGUAUCAUAGUUGCUCCAAACACAAAGCAAUGGAUUUAAUUAUUGUGUUUGGAAGA